AUGCUUCCAGAAUUUGAGUUGAUGAUUGAUGAUAGUCUAGGGUUUACAAUUUCUGUCUAUGGAUGGCUCCUUUCAGAAGACCAUGAGAUACAUACUACAAACUUAAGAUCUGUUUGUAAUAUUACAGUGUCUGAACUUUUAAGAAAUAUCAACAGCUUACAUAUCUGCCCUGGUGUGGAACUAUUUGAAUUAUCCAGAAAUAUAGUCCAUCAUUUAAUUCCAAAGUCUAUUGAUCCAUUGUUCAUUGACAAUGAUGGUGAUGUCAAUUCAUUUCCGCAUAAAGAAUAUUGGAGAACUCAUAGUUGUACGGUUUUGUUUGAACAUGGUGAACAGUGUUCAAGUUGUUACCAGUAUUCACAUAGAUCUGAACUCAUUCACAAGGCUAAAGAGAAACUGAAUGAGCCCGCACAUUUAUUUUCACCAGUAUCACAGACAGCACCACAACGAAUCAAACUCACAUUACAGAUGCAGUGGCUCAAAUGUGCUGAACUCUUAGGAAGAGGAAGCCAUUUCUUGCACCUUACUCAUCUGUGA